UCCGAGAGAGCGCACGUCGCGCGUGAGUUCAGUGAGCGUGUUGUGCAUGAACAGCCAAGAUGGUGCGUAGCCUGUCGCAGUGGACGAAGACCCUCAGCUUCCCCUCGAGGCUGUCCCCCAACCGCACGUCCAAGGAGAGCAUGGUCAAUGUCCAGCCCGGCUCCCCCGGGGUCUCCCCGACCCCCAGCGCCGCGUCUCUCCCGCAGGGGUCAGACAAGACCAUCUCGCCGAUACCCAUCACAGAGAUCAGCCAAAUCAUAUAUCCGGAUCCAGAGUCGGAGAAGACGAUUAUGGGUUCCGUGGUCUACUGCAUCCAUCGUAAACAAGGAUGCCAGUGGUCAGACGAACUAAGGAAACUGAAGGCACAUCUGAACACGUGCAAGCACGACGCGGUGCUCUGCUCCGCGCAAUGUGGCGCCAUGAUCCCUCGCGUGCUGAUGCAGGACCACCUCCGCUACACCUGCCCACUGCGGAGAGCCAACUGCGAGCACUGCGGGAAGGAGUUCUCAGGAAGUGCCUUGGAGGAGCAUUCAGGCAACUGCGGCCACGAGCCUGUGUACUGCGAGAACAAGUGCGGAGCGAAGGUGCAGAGGCGUCACACGCAGCAGCAUCUACAGCAGCACUGCAGCAAACGCCUGGUGCCUUGCAGACAUUGCGGACAGAGGUAUACACAGGACACAGUAUCAGCUCACGGUGCCUUAUGCUCCCGCGCGCCCGUGCCGUGCCCGCAGCGCUGCGCCGCCGCGCCCGCUCGCGACGAGCUCGAAUCUCAUCUACGAGACUGUUCUAACGGCCUGCAGCACUGCACGUACAGAGACGCGGGAUGUAGGUUUAAGGGCACAAGACAGCAGCUAGAGCGUCAUGCGGAAGAAAGUUGCGCGCAACAUGUUGCAGCACUCGCGGCGUUAGCACGAGCACAAGCAAGACAGCUUGAAGCACUCCGAGGCGCGUUGGCUCGGCUCGCCGUUACGUGUUCCGGCGCGCUCGUGUGGCGCGUAACGGACUUCGCUGCCAAGAUGGCGGACGCGCGAGCGCGGGAAGGCGUGGAACUCGUGUCACCCGCGUUCUACACGAGCCAAUACGGAUAUAAGUUGCAGGCGUCACUAUUCCUGAACGGGAACGGAGCCGGCGAGGGUACGCACGUGUCGGUCUACAUCAAACUCCUGCCUGGUGAAUACGACGCCCUGCUCCGAUGGCCCUUCGCCCACUCCGUGUCCUUCACGCUGUUCGAGCAGAGCGCGAGCCCGGAGCGAGCGUGCAACAUCGUCGAGAGCUUCGUUCCAGACCCCACUUGGAAGAACUUCCAGAGGCCCUCCAAGGAGCCCGACGCGCUCGGCUUCGGCUUCCCCCGCUUCGUCUCCCACGAGAUGCUCAAGAAAAGGAACUUCGUUAAAGACGACGUUCUAUUCCUCCGGGUCAAGGUCGACCCGAGCAAGAUCGUCGCAGUCUGAGUCACAUAGUCAUAGCAUAAGUUGUAAAUACGGGUUAUCCCACUAAGGUAGAUGUAAAUAGCUAGCCGUAGAGCGCAAACGCUGAUUUUUGUCCUUUCACUGAAGAUCUCUGGAGUUUCGUUGCCGUCGCGAGAGUAACGCACCCGUCGUGUUUCGAAGGACCAAAACCAUAGUAAAAGGAGGGGAAAUAAGUUAUCUUCAUUCAAGG